CGCCGCGGGCUCGCUCCGCAGUUGGGAUCGCCAUCUGGUUCGCGUCGGUGGUCGAUGGCACGCUCGUGUGCCCAAGAUGGCGUCGCUCGUUGACAACUACGAGCAGCAGUACGCCGUUCUGACAGCUGACAUCACCGCGAAGAUCGGCCGGAUCAGGAUUCAGAGUGGCGGCGAGAAAAGAGCCUUCGUCCAGGAUGUCGACCGGCAGAUCGAGGAGGCGCAGGAGCUGUUGGAGCAAAUGGAGCUGGAGGUUCGCGGGAUGAACGGAACGGCACGCGAUCGCCUGCGCGGUCGCGUGGAGAGUCACAGAGCGGAACUGAAGCGCUUGACGCAGGAGUUUCAAGCUGCAAAGAAACCGAGGGAUGACGUUAUGGAGAUCACGGUGGAGGAGUCUUGGGACAAUAACGUGACGGAAGACCAGAGGAAAAGACUGUUGGACGCUUCUGAGAGAAUAGAACGGUCGGGGCGAACAUUACAGAAUGGCUAUCGCAUGGCGUUGGAGACGGAGGAGAUUGGCUCCGAAGUGCUGAAGGAGCUCCACGACCAGCGAGAGACGAUACAACGAAGCAGGGGGAGAUUACGUGAAACAGACGCGGAAUUGGGACGAGGGUCUCGGUUAUUAUCGGGAAUGAUCUUUCGGAGCCUUCAACAGAGAAUGAUUUUGGCAGGAGUAGCGUUAGUACUUAUAAUCGUCGCGUGCAUUGUGAUAUACUAUAGUUUUAAGAGUUAAAGAAUAGACAUCUUUCUUUUUCUUCGGCCAGAUCCACCUUAUGUGGUUUGGAAGUCAUAUUUAUUAUCAGAGACUUCAAAAUGUUAUUUCUAUCAAAUUGCGAGAUAAUUCUGUACUAUAUCGUCUAGCCAACUUUCGAACUUGUUUGUCACAUUUUGCCUCGGGGGACACGAUCUUUGCUACACAUUUAUUCUCUCGCCGACUCGAUCAGCCGUUCGACCGACUGAGCUCUUGUACAGAGCCGAGACUCAGGCGAGUAAGCAAAAUUGGCAGAAUGUUAUCAAACAAGAGCAAAAGGACCCCAAGUUCAAUGUAAAGUCUUGUAUAAAAAAAUAUUGACCCAUCCUUGUAAGGUAAAUUUUAAAACGGUUUUACGAUCCUCUUCCAUUCGCGCGUCAGAGUAAACUACAACUGAAACUGUAUUGAAGUAGAGCGAAUAAUUAUCAAAUACAUUAUUUUUCAAGUACAUCGGAUGGGAUCGUAAAACCGUUUGAAUAUUGUUAUCCGAGCGGCAUCCCGGAAUCUUGAUCAGCAGUUAACAUUGCUCUGCGUUCAAGCUUCUAAAAAUAUUCCGAACCACAAAAUAUAUUCAACAAGAAAUGUAUUUAUUAAUUAAUAUUCAAGGUUUUUGACGUUUGCGUGCGCCGAUUAUCGGGCACAUGGAAAUAUUACCUCGUCAGGGUAAUAUCCAAGGAAAUAUUACCUGUUCAAGUUAACAACUACUUGUAAUUGUUGUAAUUUUGACCUGAGCCGUAAUCGGGCGAGUUCACUGCGACGGACUCUACCAGUUUAAAAAUGCAUUCUAUAAUUCGUCUCUUAUACGAGAAUAACAACAGUCACUGUGUACAUUAUUGAAGUAUGCGUGGGUAAGGAUCGAAUUGUAAAUACAUCCAUCACCGAAAAUAUCAAAGGAUACUUGUAAUUGAGAGAAAGAGAGAAACUAGACGCGCCUAAUAAUAACUCCUUUUAUUA